AUGUUGUCAUGUCAGUACACUGCGUCCACCGCGGAGGCCUUUGAUUCGUUCAUCUGCCAGAACGCCUGCAUCAUCGUCAGUGGCAAGAAGCAUCGCGUACCAAAAGCCCCUACUCGCGAGGCCAACGGUGGCCUGGGCUCGAUGGUCAUAUUUGGCGACAUUGUGGUAGUACCCGCGGACCCGGAGGGCAAGGUGAACCUCGUCGGGCGCAUCGCCGUCCUCGGCUCACACGAGUCCAAGACCGUCACCUCGUCCUUUGUACCGGGUGUUCGCCCUAGAAAUGGCUCGGCUCAGGUGUGCUCAGGAGAGCUCCAGAGUACUCUGGAGAAGAUACUCGGGGCUACUCCAGAGUGCUCGCCGAGCAAGCGGCUGUGUCUCUGGAGUGCCUGGGAGGCGCCGGCCAAGCUCUCGCGGCUCCAUAAAAGGUUUCUGAUGGCCUCGCCUUGGUUGAGCCUCUAUGAUCACUGGGAGAUUGAUGAGGACAAGGACAUCAUGUAUGUCAAUACUGGACCAGUGGUUGGUCUGAAUUGGGUGGAGAGGAAUGAGGAGGCCUUUUUAAGUUCGAUGAAGUUGGUGAAUAAACCUUCUCCUGUGGAGUUGCUAGAUGACAUCUUCUAUGAGGUUGGAAACAAAGUCUUUAUAAGAGGCAUCAUUGGAGAAGAUGGCAUUUUACAUGCUGAAAAAGAUGAACUCUGUAAAGAUGGUCAGAGCUUCCUAAAUUCAUAUUGA